AUGCUAUUCAAGCAUCUGCCUAGAUCUUGGAAAAUUCAAGACACAAUUAGGGAAAUAGGAUGGGAUUUAAUUGGCCCAGAAAAGUUAAAUUAUUUAGGAACAUUGAUGUUGCCCAAAUACUACCCAAUUAAAGUAAAUCUGUUGAAAUUUCACAGUUGUGGACUCAAUUUAUAGCCUUAACUAACAUGAUGAAUUCACCAAAUCUUAGCCUUUAG